AUGCCGGAGUCGAGGCUUGCGGGUAGACGACUGUACUAUACUAUCAACGCCGUCGCUGGACUGGCAAUUUUCUUCUUCGGUUAUGAUCAAGGCAUGAUGGGAGGUGUAAACACCUCUCCCGACUAUGUUCGGGUGAUGAAGCUCGGAUACUCGACCUAUGAAGGUCCUUCAGAGGGCUAUGUAGCACAUAUUACGGAACCGACACGGCAGGGCGGCAUCGUUAGCAUCUACUAUUUCGGCACGCUAUUGGGGUGUCUGAUGGGUGGCGUACUUGGAGACAGGCUUGGACGUAUCAAGACUAUGAUUCUGGGCAGCAUUUGGGUUCUAUUUGGCGCUGCGCUCCAGUGCUCCGCUCAGAAUAUUGCAUGGAUGUGCUGUGCCCGCAUCAUCAACGGUAUUGGAACUGGCCACCUCAACGCAAUUGUACCCGUUUGGAGCGCUGAAGUGGCGACACACACCUCGCGCGGAGCGUUCAUCGCAAGCGAGUUCACACUCAACAUCUUUGGCGUGGUCGUCGCGUACUGGCUCGAGUUCGGCCUCGGCUUCGUGGGGGACGGCACGUCCCAAGUCCGCUGGAGGUUCCCGAUUGCGUUCCAAAUCAUCCCUGUGCUCGGGUUCAUGGCGUGCAUUCCAUGGAUGCCCGAGUCUCCUCGGUGGCUCAUAAAGAUGGGUCGCGUCGACGAAGCGCGCGCAAUUCUCGGCCGUCUGCGCUCAGAGGACGGGAACAUCGAGGCGCCCCAGGCACAGCGCGAGUACGAGGAUAUCGCCGCGACAGUCACGCUCGAGAAGGAACACUCGAAGCGCAACUCGUACAUCUCCAUGUUCUUUGGCUUUCACGAUGGCGGCUUGCACAUCGCACGGCGCGUGCAGCUUUCGGUCUGGCUCCAGAUCGUCCAGGAGUGGGUUGGAAUUGCAGCGAUCACUGUCUACGCACCGACCAUCUUUGCGGAGGCUGGCUAUGGCGCUCGCAAGGCGCAGUGGUUGUCCGGGCUUAACGACGUUACGUACAUGUUGAGUACGCUCCUUGCCGUGGUGACCAUCGACCGCCUCGGCCGGCGUGUCGGUCUCUGGUGGGGCGCCGUGGGCCAGGGCAUCUCGCUCAUCCUCGCUGGCGCGUUUGCGCGGCUGCUGAAGGACCACCCGGAGAAGGCCUCGCAGUACGGUGGUGCGGCGGCCCUGUUCGUGUUCCUAUACACGUUCAUAUUCGGCGCGACAUGGUUGACGAUCCCGUGGGUGUACCCGACGGAGACGUUCCCGCUCGAGGUGCGCGCGAAGGGUAACGCCUUCGGAGUGUUUGGUUGGUCGAUUGGCAAUGGAUGGUUGACGCUGCUGAACCCGGUCAUGUUCAACCGCAUCGGCGAGAACACACUGCACAUCUUCGGCGCGAUCAACUUCUUGAGCAUUCCGCUCAUCUGGGCAUUCUACCCCGAGACGGCGAACAGGACUCUCGAGGAGAUGGACUACUUGUUCAUGAGCAAGAGUCCGUUCGUGUGGGACGAGGAGGCGAACUUCAAGCGGAUGAAGGAGGAGGCGGAGCGGAACCGCAUCCAGGGCAAGAUGCCGCUGCCCGACUCGGAGGUAGAGGCAGGCGAGGAUGAAAAAGCCCCACCCCCUCCUGUAGAAGUAGAGAACGCCCCAGAGAAGAUCUGAAUAUAGAAGCGUUCAUCCUUGCAUUAGUUUCUCGCUGUAUUGUAGGAUUCAUAACGAUUGACUAUGACUUGGC